ACGCACUCUAGUGCUUAACACAUAACAACACGUGUAUAACUAUUACUACUACACGGAAACUAACCGAUAGGUUAUAUAUAUAUAUCAUAGAUUGUUUGGUGGCGACCCGAACCCGACAUUUGUGUGGAUACACCCGCGUGGAUAACCCGUGAACCCGACCGCCAAUACAAUGGAGUCUACGACGACUACCGCCGCCGCCGCGGCCGCCAAAGGCAAAGCAAAACUUCAGUUUUAUCUGCAAAUGGAGAGACAAAUGCAGGAUAAGUGGCGAACCGGUCGUAUCUACGAAGUUGACGCACCCGACGAUGGCCAUCGCGACAGUCUGGACGAUAAAUUUAUGGGCACUUUUCCGUUUCCCUAUCCGAAUGGCCGCAUGCAUAUCGGUCAUACGUUUUCGUUGUCCAAACUUGAGUUUAUUGUCGGCUUUUGGCGUUUAAUGGGCCGCCGAUGUCUACUACCGUUCGGCUUUCACGCAUCGGGAAUGCCGAUCAAAGCCUGUGCCGACAAACUCCGACGCGAAAUGCAAGACUUUGGUUUUCCGCCACAGUUUCCCAACGACGACAACAAGGACAGCACUGCCGCCGAUACCACAAGCGAUCCAGUGAUCAAAGACAAGUCAAAGUCUAAGAAGUCAAAACUACUGGCGAAGACAAUUCAAGCCAAAUAUCAGUGGCUAAUCAUGCGAUCGCUUGGACUCAGCGACGAUGAGAUCCGGCCGUUUGCCGAUCCGCUCUAUUGGUUAGACUAUUUCCCCCAGCGAUGGGUCGAUGAUCUCCGGGCAUUUGGCCUACGGGUUGACUGGCGUCGGACAUUCAUGACUACCGAUCGUAAUCCUUUCUUCGAUUCGUUCGUCAGGUGGCAGUUCUUUAGGCUGAAAGAGCGAAAUAAGAUUAAGUUCGGUAAACGUUAUUCAAUUUAUUCGCCAAAAGAUGGCCAGCCGUGUAUGGAUCACGAUCGGCAAUCGGGCGAAGGUGUCGGUCCGCAGGAGUAUACACUCAUCAAAAUGAAAGUCCUGGAACCGAUACCAUCGAAACUGCAAAAUCUAAACGGCGACAUAUAUCUAGUGGCCGCUACACUACGUCCCGAAACAAUGUACGGCCAGACCAACUGUUGGCUCAGACCCGACAUGAAAUAUAUUGCCUAUACUGUCAACGGCGGCGACAUAUUUGUAUCGACUGAACGAUCCGCUCGUAAUCUAUCGUUUCAGGGCUUUACUAAAGUCAACGGUGUUGUAGACAAACUCAUGGACCUGAUCGGCUCAGACCUGAUUGGUACGAAACUACGGGCACCGCUUACCAGCUACGAACACAUCUAUGCGCUGCCAAUGUUGACCAUCAAAGAGGAUAAGGGAACCGGUGUUGUCACAAGCGUACCAUCGGACGCACCCGACGAUUAUGCAGCGCUCAGGGAUCUGAAAAAUAAGCCGGCUCUGCGCGAAAAGUAUGGCGUCACUGACCUGAUGGUACUGGCCUACGAACCGAUACCCAUAAUCGACAUUCCCGACUUUGGUAGUCUAGCAGCGGUUACAGUGUGCGAUCAAUUGAAGAUCCAGAGUCAAAAUGAUACCUUGAAGUUGGCCGAAGCCAAGGAUAAGGUCUAUUUGAAAGGCUUUUACGACGGCGUUAUGCUUGUUGGCGAAUACAAGGGCCAGAAGGUUGCGGCCAUCAAAAAGGAUAUACAAUCCCAGUUGAUUGCAUCCAACGAUGCACUGGUAUAUAUGGAACCGGAAAAACUAGUUAUCUCCCGAUCGGGCGAUGAAUGUGUGGUUGCAUUAUGUGACCAAUGGUUUUUGGAAUACGGCGAACCCGAAUGGCGUGCAUUGACUGAGAAAAUGUUGGCCACAAUGAAUACAUAUUCGGACGAAACCCGACGUAACUUUGAGGCCACAUUGGAUUGGCUGAAAGAUCAUGCAUGUAGUCGACAGUACGGUCUGGGAUCACGUUUGCCGUGGGCUCCCGAAUGGCUCAUUGAAUCGCUGUCCGAUUCAACCAUCUAUAUGUCCUACUAUACAGUAGCUCAUCUGUUACAGGGCGGCGUUAUGGACGGUUCGGCUAAGUCGCCGAUCGGUAUCGAAGCCGCAAGUUUGACGCCCGAAGUUUGGGAUUAUAUAUACUUUGCCGGCGCUCAGUAUCCGUCCGAUUGCGGUAUACCGCGUGAAAAAUUGGACAAAUUGCGCACUGAAUUCAACUAUUGGUAUCCAUUGGAUUUGCGUACAUCGGGUAAAGAUCUGGUACCCAAUCAUUUAACUUAUUUCCUAUACAAUCAUUGCGCUAUUUGGCCAAAUGAACCCGAUAAGUGGCCACGAAGUGUUCGGGCAAAUGGUCAUCUGUUGUUGAACAAUGAAAAAAUGUCGAAAUCUACCGGCAAUUUCUUGACACUGACCGAAGCUAUUGAAAAAUAUUCAGCCGACGGUGUCAGAUUUGCGUUGGCCGACGCCGGCGAUGGUAUCGAUGACGCAAACUUUACCGAAAAACAAGCAGACAAUGGCCUCCUGAAGCUCUAUAACUUUAUUGAGUUUAGCAAAGAGAUUGUCGCCAAUCAGGCGUCGAUGAGAACCGGACCGACCGAUACUUUUGACGACAAAGUGUUUGAAAAUGCAAUGAAUCGGGGAGUAAAUGAAACGGAACGACACUAUAGGGCCAUGAAUUUUAAGGAAGCGCUGAGAACCGGGUUUUUCGAGUUUCAGGACUCGAGAGAUAAGUAUCGGGAGUUGAGUCAAAGUGCUGGAGGAAUGCACAGAGAUUUGGCCCUCAAGUUUGUCGAAAUACAGGCCAUACUAUUGUGUCCGAUAUGUCCGCAUACGGCCGACUAUGUCUGGACGGAAGUACUCCAGCGAUCGGAUAGUGUUAACACUAGCCGCUGGCCACAAGUUGUCGCCGUCGACGAUGUACUACUGCAGUCGUUUGCCUAUCUGAUGGACGCUACCCAUAGUUUUCGUUUACGAUACAAGACUUUUAUGACACAAAAAUCCAAAGAUAAGACAGCCAACAAAGCACUGGCAGCUAAACUGCCGACACACGCGACCAUAUAUGUGGCCAAACAGUUUCCGCAGUGGCAGUCAAUCAUAUUGACAACAAUGAAAACAUUAUACGAGGACAACAAACGAAAAUUACCGGACAAUAAAUUAAUAGCCGAAAAGUUAUCGAAAAAUCCCGAUUUAAAGAAAUAUAUGAAAAAAGUUAUGCCAUUUGCCGAACACCGAAAACAAAUGUUUGUCGAGUUUGGCGAAAGUGUUUUCGAGGAAACGUCGGCUUUCGACGAGCGUCAGGUAUUGCGCGAAAACAUUGCAUACCUGACCUCAACACUCGACUUAGAAUCGGUAGACAUUGAGUUUGCCGACGCGGCCGACGAGAAAAUUCAAGGCGAAUGCUGUCCCGGAGAUCCGUAUAUUGUCUAUCGAACUGAACCGUCGGUAACGGUUACGGCCAUCAAUCAGCAACAGUUUAGACCGUAUUUUGAGAUCAAGAUUCCUAUCUAUAGCUCGGAUACUGUCCGGCGAGUGGCCGACAGGAUAUGCAAAGAGAAUCGUUUUAUCAAAGACUCAUCCAAAGUGAAACUAUUGCGUUACGCGGACGGGUUGACUGGACCGCGACGUAUACCCAAUUUGAAUCAAUUAGCCGACGAUAAGGUUGAGAUGAACGGCGAGACGACAACAAUUGCGGCAAUUGUCGAGUCCAACGAAGUGAAUGUCGUAGUUAGCGGUAAAACAUACGGUUUGGGUAAACAAUUAGUCUAUUUUGUUGAUGAAAAUUAAUUUAAACUGUUUUUUUAAAUAAAUAAUAAUUAC